AUGCUGGGCCCUUCAUCACGUCCACCAUUACCGACGUCCUCGUCGGAUUUCGCCCUCCCUCCCUCCACAUCCUCCUCGUCCUCCAACACGACGUACGCUGCAGAUGACCUGAGCCCAUUCAUGCUGCAUGUCCGUCGGCCAAGCCUCCUUGUGCCUCGCGCCCCAUCUCUCCCCGACCGGCCACAGCGAAGCCCCCUCGCAGCGUCCAUGAUUCGCUCCGGCACCAAUACGAGUGAAGAAUCUGAGAGCGACCGCGAGAACGUGAAGAUGCAGACGGACACGCCCCCUUCAGGCGACUCAGGCUCGUGCACACCAUUACUCCCUGGUCCCGUCAUUACAAGUGCUCCCCGCGGUCGCGACACCGACAUGAAGGCGAGCAGACCACGCAGCCCAUCUACUCCGCCGCCGAGCAGGAAGCUAUCGGACGCCGUUGCUGACAGCCAGUCCGGAUCGUCUACCUUCGCGCGUGCCCAUAGUCGGCGGUUCUCACAGAGAUUGAAGCCGCCGCGCAUACGUUCGCUCGUCUCUGAGUCGCGUCCGGAGGACGACGAAAUGCGGUCGGAAGCGCAGUUCCAGCGACUCGUCGCAUCAUUCUGCGAGCUACCUUCGCCACACCGAGUACAGCGUCCGCCGUCAGAUCGAGGCAGGUACCCCGAGGAAGCAGACGUCGAGGAACCUCGCAGGCCGGAUACGCCGAGCGACGAUGGGGAGCUGGAGGACUCAGUGCCGUUCUCGUUCGUGGAUCCUAUCGCUAUCUCGAAGUCCGUCACGCCCGCCGCGAGUGUGAAUGGGGAGGACAUGAGCAUGUUGGAUAGUCCAGGAGGGGCAGCGAUGGAUGUCGAUGUCUCAUCGUCUGUAGUCGGCUCGCCUGCUGCAUCCUCAUGGCGGUAUACCCCGCCUCCAACGUCAAGUGCUGUUAGGACGAACAAGCGGAAGAUGGAUGAUCGAUACGACCCGUACCCGACUACCAACAAGCGACGUGCGGUCUCUCCAUCUAUCAGCUUCCUGCGGGACAACCAGCCAUCGUUGUUCACCCCCCGGACCCCUUCUGGCGCGCCACGCCUCUCAAUGCCUAUCCCCAUCCCUGUUCAAGGACCGAGUUCAGCCACUUCCUCGCCCAUCAUCGGCUCAUCCUCGUCAUACUACGGUCGUGGACCCGCCAGUGCCCUCUCCAGCCCUACCCUACGUGCACAGAUUGGUCUUGGAAGCCCUGUUCUCAGGCCCAUCAUCCCACGGCCGAGGCGUCAUGGCGACGAGGAGCGGGAAGUCGAAGGUGCCGGCGACGGUGUGAACGGGUUGAGCCUUGGGUAG